AUGUUGCGGCUCAAGCUGGACGAGUUCGCUGACCGCGUUCUGGCCAAGCUCCCUCAACGUGCCAGAGCCCGCUGCAUCUGCGAGUGGGAUUCGAAGCGGAGAGCCAUAUUCAAUGGAGUUGUUCCGGGAAAAUGGGUUGAAACCCACAACUCUGAUCUGCUGGAUCUGUUGGAGCCUGUUGUAACUUGGUCAACGCUUGAACCUCUGAUUCACGAUUUCACGGAAUACAUCGAGAGCCAACUAGCCUUUUUCGACUCGGAAAAAUGCCUCGAGAUCCUGAGAAUAAUGGACAUCAAACCGACUGAGUCUACAGCUUUGGAAGAAGAGCGGGAAAUGCUUGGAGGAUACCUGCAGAUUCUCCGAGACCUCGCUGGUCAUGAUGAUCAGGCUGAUGAGAACACUGCCGACGUGAAGCAUUCCGUCGAUCGUAGAGGUCGACCGCUUAUCACACGCUCCCGUGAUGGCGAUAGCGACUACGAUGGUCGAGGUCAUCGAAAAACCUCCUUCGUCGACGAGGAUAGCGGAAGCGUCUCUGACCUUCCUGAGGAGAACCCUACGCACGAAUUUUUCCACGACGAUCGAGGUCAUCAAAACACCCCCUUCAUCGAUGAGGGUAGCGGAAGCGUCUCUGGGUUUUCUGAGGAGGUCUUUGCUCACAAAAUUUCUCACGACAAUCGAGCUAUCACCCCAGUUCAAUAUCCCAACGCUACCGAUGGUGCCAAUGCUUGCCGCCGCCGCCGCCAUCAGUAUGCCCACCAGGGAAUUGCUCACAGCGAAGACAAGGACCAAGGCGACAGCGCCAGCGAACACGAGCGUGAUCGCCUUCGACAGCGUCUCUAUUCUGACGUGAGGCCCCGGGCAAUACCGCCUCAACGGCAUCGUUACCGUGCUGAGAGACCUCGGGAUAUUCGGUACGAACAACGUCCACACGGUUCUAAUCACCUUCGGACGCCUCGUUUCGAUCGUCGCGAGCACCGAGCCGUCAACCACCAGCAUGAGCCUGAAGAUGAUAUCGACGAGGACCGAACUAUUUGCCAACAAUCAGGUACACUCGCUGCUGCCACAGCCAAGCGUAUAAUCAGCGAGCAGCCGAGUAAUCAAGGCUUUGACAAGGGCAAACCUUUGGACCGCUACCAGCGUCCUGUCCAGAGUGGCCGACCUAAACCUGUUUAUUCCCCCUUUGAUUACUCCUCAGACCCUGAUGAUGAGCCCGUUGCAGCGAGGAAUGGAGUCAAGAAAAAGAAGAUCCUGGCCUCGCCCGACAACUUCGGCUCAUACCCGGCUACCCCUACAUACUGCGACCCACGGAAACACGAGGCGACCAUGUGCGAGUUUGCGAGGAUCCGCCAUUCCUGCCAGCACGCAUUCAUUGGAGCUUCGGCCGUGAUUGUGGCUUGCGACGAGGCCAUUCCGGGAGCCCACGUCCCCUUCAUUCAGAACUGUAGCCCAUCAUGGGAAGCCGAGGAUCGCGACGGCAACAUGCGGGGCAACGAGCACAAGGGCGUCUACGUCCUGGAGUUGUGCACCGUCUGCAAGCGCUUCAAGGGCAUGUGGACGGCCUUCUGGGUGAUCGUCGUCGCGGCGCACCCGCAGAGAGACGAGCUGAAGAAGUUCAUGGCCGAGAGAGAAGCGAUCUUCGCGAAUGAGAACAGUGUCGGGGGCUGGAUAGACGCGCACAAGGAGUUCUUUGAAAGAAUCCAACGGGAGUUCCCGUGGCCCGGUGGUCUUUUCGAGGAUAUGCUGAGGCGCUUCAUGCCGGGAUUGAUCGCCGGCAGGCAUGCUGCUGCGGCUGCCCCGCUGGGCCCGGCUCUGGGUGCGAUUCACGAUUCUGCCACGAGAGCCCGCGGUGGCAGCGUGGCCGAGUCCUGCGUGACCCGCUCCGGAGACGAGACCGGCGACACAAAUGGAGAGUCCGCCGCGAGCACUCCCAAGGCCCGUGGCAAGAAACCCGGGUACAUCAUCGAGGAUAGUACCGAUGACGGGACCCAGACUGAUGACUCACGGAUGGAUGUCGAUGAGCCGGAGCCCGCUCCUCCUGUUAAACCUCACCGCAAUACCCGCAAGCCGAAGAGCCGCAGCAAGGGCCACUAA